AUGUAUGCAUUUAUGUAUGGUUGUGUCUGCGUGCGGACUUGUGGGGCCUGCAAGGAGGUUUUGUCAGUCCUUUUUUUUUGUUUCUUUUUUAUUCUGCACUCUUUUCUCUUGUGGAGCCCAUUCUUUUUGUUGUGUCGUGUACUGCCCGUGAUUUUCCAGCAAACGCCAAAACGGCGUGCGAAGAAGGAAGGGAAACAGCGAAAUAAGCAAGCGGAGCUCCCCGGGUUGGAGCGAAUGGCGCAGUUUCCGCCCCCCUCGUUGAUUGGGGAACUGUCGGCGGUGUCGGACCUUCUCCCGCAGUGCAUCUCGCACGAAGCAACAGACGCGUACGUCGCCGCCAUUGCUGGGCCUAUCGUUAGUUUGCCGGUGGUUUCUGGUUUGUGCCGCGGCGGUGCAACAGAAAACGUACGAGCUUUUUUUUGGAAACUACUGUUGGGAUUUCUCCCAACUGAAACUUCGCGUUGGGCGCCGCUGCUGGAGAGAAAAGCGUUGGAGUACCGCGAAAUUGUCUCCAUUGUGUGUCGUUUGGAUGAGAAGGGGGAUGUUGUCGUUGGGGAGCGCAGUUACCGUGCGGUGGAUCUUGACAUUCCCCGCACGAUGCCUUCCAUGCACUUUUUUAAGUCUGGGGAGCCCGCCCCGCCAGAUAAUGGUGUUUACGCUACUUUUUCGCCAACGCAACAAAGUCUGCGGCGCAUCAUUCACACCCUUGCCGGCGUCAACAAGGGACUUGGGUACGUGCAGGGGAUGAAUGAACUCGUGGGGCACUUGUUGUAUGCCUUUGCCUCCGGACGCUCUGAGGUGGUAAACGAACAGGUAGAAAGUCAGGUUUUUUUCUGCUUUCAAACCAUGCUUGCGUAUCUUGGUGAUGACUUUUGUCGUAGCCUGGAUUAUGAUCAAGAUACCGGAGUAAGCUGCACCAUCCGUAACUUCGAACGGUUGCUUCAAUUUCUAGAACCGGAGCUCUGGGAGCAUUUAGGAAAGAAACAAAUAAAGUCAGAGUUUUACGCGUUUCGUUGGCUGACAUUGCUUUUUACGCAGGAGUUUAACGUGCCGGAUGUAUUCCGAGUUUGGGAUUUUUUAUUUUCCUUUGGGGAGGAGCUGCGCAGCGUCGUGCUUGUUGUUGCCGUCGCCAUGCUAAAUUGCCUACGCGAUGAGCUGCUACGUCUCACGAGUCUCUCUGAGAUACUCCCUUUGCUUCAGUCAUACCCACCGUGUGACGUUAAUGACUUUCUCAAAGUUGCCAUGGGCUGGAUCGAUCGCUACGGCUUUCGCUUGGUAAAGGAGUUGAAGGUGGCGACAUCUGAAGACGUACUGCGGCUGCAGCGUCGCUUUUGUAUACCUGUUCCGGGCGAUGCCUCGUGGAGUAGCAGCUUUCGUGGUUUGAUGAGCUCCGUGAAGGAGUUCGCCAGACAUAUAAGGUGA